AUGCUGAAGGCUUCCUCUAAAAGUUCUAAACCAGAAUCACAUUAAAAGAUUUCAUAACCAUCUAAUGAUUCUUCUAACCCUUUAAAAUUAAGUAGGGAAAAUUCAACUAAAAAUGUAAGUAAGGGGUCGACUACAACUCUUAUAAAACCUUUGCAUAAGUCAACACAGAAUAGUAGAACAUCAUCGAGUUCGAAAAUCCUCAAUCUAUCAUAAAGGAGAAUUACAAGUUCAGAAACGUCUCCCUCCAAAAUUAUUGAAUAAGCAGUAAAAGCUCCAAGCAAAAUUACUAAUAAAAUAUCGUUUAAAUAGAAAACUCAAAGAUAAAAUGAUGGGAAGCCACAAAAUCCAAGUGAUACUAAGGUAAAAUAAUCUCUGAUAACAAAUUAAUCAUAAUAGCCAAAAGAUGGGUCACAAAAAUAGAUUUCUGUUUUAAAAAAGGGAAUAAAUUAGUUGGUAUGUCGUUCUUCUAGUUUUAAUAAAUUAAAUAAGUCAGUAAAUUCCAAUUCAUCAAGUCGUAAACCAUCUCCAUCAAACAAGGAUGUACUAAUAACAAAGUAAAAAUUAAGUUCCUCAUAAAGUUAAAUAGAAUAAUAAUCUCAAGAAUAAUUGUAAUAAUAGGUGAAAUUGAAUGAUCAAGAAUAACAAGAUCUGAUACAAUAGCAAGACCUUUAAGAAGAUGGUCAUUAAACUGAGGAAAAUUUAGUAAAUGAUUAAUCUGAAGGAUAAUAGAUAGAUGGAACACUAAAGGAAGACAUGUCUGAAUAAGAUUAAAACUAAUUUGAUUAAAUGCAAUAAUCGAAUAACUAGUCAGAGCAACAUGAUACUGAAAAUGAUGAAGAACAAUAAGAAUUAGUAAACCAGUAAUUAAUUUAAGCAAGUGAAAAACUGCAACAUUUAAGUGAUCAUAAUCAAGAACUAAUAGAUAAUGAUGAUGAUAAUUAAUCAAGUGGUUUAGAUAUCAAUUAAGUAGAUAAUUAAGAAAUUAACUUAUUGAUUGAUUCUGAUAACUAGAAAGCAAAGAAUUAGUCUUAAAUUCAAUCUAUUUAAAUAGAUAAAACUAAUUAUUAAGUGAAUUUAUUAUCAUCUGCAGAAGAAACAAAAGAAUUCCGUAUAUUGAAAGAAAUUUAAACAUAUUCAAAUUAGAUAGGGGAAAGAUUGCACACUAUUUAGGAGGACUUGUAAAGUAAUGAAGCCAUGAGUUAAAUAUAAUUUAAUGAGAUGGUUGAUGGGGAUAAUGAAAUAAUAUUAACGCAUAAAACAGAUAACCCAUAUAGAAAAAGUAGUUUCAAUUUUCUAUAGAAAUAAUCUUAGAAUACAUCAAGCACCAAAUUUUUAGAAAUUAUUAUCUAAGAUGAUCAAUCUCAAUUUUAAUAAAUUAAAUCAGCUAAGGCUUAAUUAAACUCGUAAUAUUUUAAAGUUUAAAAUUAAAAUGACAGAGAGGAAGUACAAGUAAAUCAGAAUGGAUAACUGACAUAGUAGAUUUAAAACACAAAAGAAAAAUAAUAAUUUUUUGGUAAGAAAAGGUAAGAAAUCUCAACGAAAAUUUAUAAUAUUGAAGAUGAAGAAGUGAAAGUAGAAAAAAUGCCAAAAUAUUAGGAAGAUGGAUGUUAAUAAGAAUUAAUUGACGAUUAACAUAAUGAUUAAAUUUUUAGGGAAUAAUAUUUUAAUAAUGUGAUUAAAAAUAAUAAUUAGAAUUUAAAUCAUAAUUAAGAGGAUAGCUCAAAUAUAAAUUAGAAUCAGAUCAAAAAUAGUAAUUAAGUUAAAACGCAGUCUAAUUUGCAAUAAAAGAAGCGAAUAGGGAGUGAAUAAUCAUUUUAUUUUAAUGAAAAUCCCUUCGUUUAAUAAGAAAAAGAAAUUACUUAAUAAAAAUACUCUAUUGAAGAUACUUAAUAAUAAAAGUAGGAUAAUACUUCCGAUAUUGAGGUAGAGCAAUGUUAAUUGAAUGAAUCAAAAAACAGAAAGCAAGAGAUAAAAUCAAACGAAUAAGAAUAAUAUUAAAUAAACAAGCCUGAUUAAGAAGAUUCCCAUUGUAUAUAAAAUGAAGAAAUAUCAACGGAUAUGAAGUAAAAAAAAGAAAUUUCCUCUAGUUUGAAUAAAGGAAAUUAUUAUGGAUAGAAUGCUGAAAGCAUCGAUAAUAUUAAUUGCUCUAAUUUUGAAGAAGUAAAUGAUUAAAUUCAUUAAAAUUAAAAUGGGAUUAGAAAUUAUCAUAACAAUUCGGAAAAUAAUAUUCAAAUUCUAGAGUAUGAAAAAUCAAAUGGAAGUCAUAUUAAAGAAGAUAAAGAUUUCUAAAAUAAAUAAGAAUAAAAAACAUUAGAAUUUUAAAGAUAUAAUAACUAAUUACCUUUAUAAUCUAAUAAUAUUGAUUUGAGUGAACCUAAAAUAUAAGAUAUUGGCAGCAUAUAUAGUGUUUAAUAAUAAAAUACUAUAAUAUAAGAAUAAUAGUGCAUAGUCUAUGAAAUUACUUUAAAUAAUUAAGAGGUAAAAGAGAAAAAAUUACAUUUAAAUCUAAGUAAAUUAAAAUAAAACCAAGAAAUUAACGAUUAAAAAGAUCAAUUUUAAAUAAACAAAGAAGACUCGUCAGUAAAUUAAGAAUAUAUGUAAAUCAUUUAAAAUGCUCAAAAUGAAUUUGAAGAUUAAGUGCCAAAUAAAAAUACAAACAUCAAUAAUCAUAAAUUGGAUAAUAAUCAUUAAUAAUAGAGAGAACAUGUAAAUGAGGAGGAUUAGUAAUCUAAUGGUUGCAAUGAAAAUCACAAUUAAUCUUGUGAUUCUGAUAAAAGGUCAGCUUAAUCUUAAAGGUCUAAGAAGUCAAGAAUAACAAAUAAUUAAGAAAUGAUAAAUAAUAGCUCUUCAUUUCAUAAAAUUGAUACUGAAUUGGAAUUUAAUUGUAAUGACAUUAAUAGUUAAAGAACUUAAGAAUUUGGUGAGACCUAAAGAGAAAUGGAGAAUGGAAUUGAACAAUUUUCUAGUUCAUAAAAAUAAAUUGUAAUUAAAAAAUCAGAGUUUGAUUCUGAAAUCAAUAACAUUCGUCUUUCAAUGGCCCUUAAUCUAUACAAUAUAUAAGGAUAUAAUAGAAAUAAUCGAGAAGAUUAAUUAGAUACAGGAAGAACAGAUGAUAGUAUGAUAAACUAAUUUGUUGCUCAAGAUAGAGAUCAUAAUAAUGCCCAUCUAGGGAGGCAUAACUUUGAGGCAAGGCCACCAAAUAAAGCGAAAAAGUAGCACCUUUGUGUGGAUGACAUAAUAUAAGAAAAAUAGGAAUCUGCAACUCCUGAUAAUUAUACAAGAUCUAUAAAUCCUACACCUAAACCAGGGGGAAGUACUAAGCAUUAAAAACAUUUUCAAUCUUUUGGAGUUUAAGAUGAACUGAGGGCUAAAUAAGGAGAUUAGAUAGGACAUUCCGAGAAAGAUAUCGAAAAGGAUAGAAAAAAAAGAGAGAAUUCAUCAUUGAAAAAAUAGUAGAUGUAAUCAGAAAAAUAAGAUGAAGAAGAAAUCAAAGCACUUUAAAAAAUUUUGUCAUCCAAAUUAGAAAUAAAAAAAUAAAAGGAGAACCAUAUUUUAGAGCAAUCAUUGAAAAUUGAGGAAUUUUAAUACAUUCUCAACCAUAUCCCAGAUAUCUAGGAUUUGGAUGGAAAUGUUGAUUUAUCUUUGAGUAAUAUAAUUACUGAUUUUCUUGAUAGCCACAAAAGAAACCGAUAUAAAGAUAUAUCAAAUAUGAAGGAUCCUCAUUUGGCAAAUUUGAUGAGAUAUAAAUUUUAGGAAAUUUUAAGUAAGCAAGAGUAAAUUACUUAAUAAGAUCCAUUAAUAACACGAUAAUAAUAAAUUGAAUUUGAAGCUAAAUAAAAAUAGCAAGUUAAUUUUGUUUUAAAAUUGCUAUUUUAGGAGUAUAAUGCAUUAAGAUCGAAAUCUCAUAAAUUAUAUUUAGAAAUUGCUGAUUCUCAAUCAAAAAUAUUCGAAAAAAUGAAAAAGUUAAGCAUAAGGGAGAAAUUGAUCCCGUAAUUAAAACAAAUAGACAUUCAUUAACAUCGAGUUACUAAUGAAUUGAAAAACUGCAUUUUAUCUUAAAAAACAGAUUUUAAUCACGAAGAAUUAAUAGGGUUUAUUUAGUCUGAAUUAAAAGUUUAAGAGGACAUCAAUCGAUGUAUAUAAGAAGUUAGAAAUAUAUUUAAGGAUAGAAUUGAUUAAAUUAAGGAAGGUGAGAAAGUAAUGGAAGAGUAGCUUCUAUCCAAAUCUUAAAAAUAUUGA